GGUGAGGAUAUGGUGAUCUGGCAUCACUUCCAAUCUUGAGGGACAGGGUAAAAGCAAAAGAAGUAUGAUGGUCAAGACUCCACAGAGGAAGCAACAUGAUUGUGGAAACCAAUCCAAACCAAAGUCUUGCUUAAGUGUCUCGAUCCCUUUGAGGAUGUCCAGUUACAUAUUCAAGAGGCCGGUUACUAGAAUUACAUCCCAUUCUGGUAAUGAGGUCAGACGCCAUCACUGGGAGGAAACCCUGGACAAGCCCCAACAGGUGUGCUGGCAGAAGAGGCUACAAGGUCUCCAGGCCUGCAGCAGCACAGGGGAACCAUUAAGCACUUUGGAUCUUGCCAAAGCCUUGCAAAAACUUGAACCUAGGUGCACAGGUGAAUAUCUGCCAGGUGUUCUUGCAGGUAGUCUGAACUCCAGCCCCAUGCCCAUCCCUGCUGGGUCUUCAGGAGUUGAUCUGGGUAUCCCACAGCUCCUGUGCAAACAAUUUCUGGUGACUGAGGAAGAUAUCAGGAAACAGGAAAGGAAAGUGAAGACAGCAAGAGAAAGGUUGGCCACAGCACUGGCUGUAGACAGACUUGCUAGAGAGGCAGAGAUAAUGAGGGGCCAAGAAGGACAGCCUGAAAAACACCAUGAAAAAAAGAGAAGCUAG